AGUCUCUCACGCAGCUUCCUCUUCUUUCCUCACCACCGUAAAUUUGGUACACCGCCCACAAAGGCUCGAAGUCAAGGAGAAUGGCAACGCACACUUGGAACACCACCUUUCUGCGCGGCGAUGAGUCACAGGCGCGCAAUCGCGCACUAAUUAUUCUGAAUCAGCCAUUCUCGGUUCCACUGCUGGAGAACCUGUGGCGGUCGACAUCUUGGCAUUGCUGCGCUGACGGGGGCGCAAACCGACUCAGCGAUGUGCUAGGGGACAGGCGGCAAGAAUUACUACCAGAGCUAAUCAAGGGAGACCUUGACUCGCUGCGCCCUGACGUGAAAGAAUACUACAAGCAGCUGGGCGUACCUGUCGUUUAUGACGACGACCAGGACUCCACCGACCUCAUGAAGUGUGUGGCAGCUUUGGAAGAGAAAGAACGCGCCGAGGGCACAGAACAGCACGAUAUCAUCAUACUCGGGGGGCUGUCAGGCCGCCUCGACCAGACGAUACACACCUUGUCGUACCUCCACAAGCUGCGCCACAAACGGCGCCGCGUAUUCGCGGUCACUGAUGACAACGUCGGCUGGGUGCUUGACUCGGGCGAGCAUGAGAUCACGAUAGACCAUACUGUGCUGGGGCAGACGUGCGGCCUCCUGCCCGUAGGGAUCGACUUCACCGUCCUCACAACGCGAGGCUUGAGGUGGAAUCUGACGGAGCACAAAUCGUCCUUCGACGGUCUCGUGUCGACGUCCAACCAUUUGGAUCCUGCCCACCAGACCGUCUACGUGAAGACGACGAAGCCGAUCUGGUGGACGGCGGAGCUGCGCUCGUAGUUAGCGUUUGUUCAAGCAUGCGACGAGGAAUGAGCAGGGAAGCCUUCAAGGUUUUGUGGCGGGGACUUUCGGCGAAGGCGUGUUGACUGACCUCCGGCUCACCCGCUGCUGCCACGAAGACCUGACGGCGCCCCUUCAGCUUGAAUAUAGAUCAUAGAUUGACUAGAGCUGUAUCAUGCGAUGGAGAAGCUAUAUCACGGACGGGUCGUGCGCGCCAAUAGAGAAGUAU